CUUGUUAACCUCUUCUGUCCAAUAGACAGCGACGUUCUUAUAUUGUCGUCAGAGAGCGACCAGAAAGUUUUCAAAAUGGGUCUCGAAAGUACUAUGGUCUGUGUGGACAAUAGUGAGUAUAUGCGCAAUGGAGACUUCCUGCCCACUAGACUACAAGCCCAGCAAGAUGCGGUCAACAUCGUCUGUCACUCCAAAACUCGGGCAAACCCUGAGAACAAUGUCGGCCUCAUCUCGAUGUCUAAUAACUGUGAGGUUUUGACCACGCUGACCCCGGACACGGGCCGCAUCCUGUCCAAACUGCACGCUAUCCAACCCAAAGGCAAGAUCUGCUUCUGCACUGGCAUCCGGGUGGCCCAUCUGGCCCUAAAGCACAGACAGGGGAAGAACCAUAAGAUGAGGAUAAUUGCCUUUGUGGGCAGCCCUGUGGAAGACAGUGACAAGGAUCUUGUUAAAAUGGCCAAGCGCUUGAAGAAAGAGAAGGUCAAUGUGGAUAUUAUCAAUUUUGGGGAAGAGGAGUUCAAUACGGAGAAGCUGACCGCCUUUAUCAACACUCUGAAUGGGAAGGAGGGGACGGGCUCCCACCUGGUGACUGUACCCCCAGGGCCUAGCCUGGCUGACGCCCUGCUCUCCUCCCCCAUCCUGGCUGGAGAGGGAGGCUCCAUGAUGGGCCUGGGCGCCAGCGACUUUGAGUUUGGCGUGGACCCCAGUGCCGACCCCGAGCUUGCUCUGGCUCUGCGUGUGUCCAUGGAGGAGCAGAGACAGAGGCAGGAGGAGGAGGCUCGCCGGGUGGCUGUUGCUUCUGCAGCCGAUGUCACCACAACCACAGCAGACGAAUCCGAGGAGGCCCUGCUAAAGAUGUCAGUGUCUCAGCCUGAGACGGGUGGUGCUGCAGUUCUGCCUGACUUCAGCAAUAUGACAGAGGAGGAGCAGAUUGCAUACGCCAUGCGGAUGUCCCUGGCCGGAGAGGAGUAUGGAGAUGCGAUGGCUAUGGACACAGGUGCCCCCAUGGACACUGAAACUGCCAAGGAGGAGGAUGACUAUGAUGUGAUGCAGGACCCAGAGUUCCUCCAAAGCGUCCUGGAGAACCUGCCAGGUGUCGACCCUAACAAUGAGGCCAUCCGAAACGCCAUGGGCUCACUGGCCUCCCAGACAGGCCCACCGAAGCCUAACCGCAAGAAGGACGAGGAGAAGAAGAAAUGAGGCACGGGACAGACAAAUUGACGACACACAUGGGUUGCGUCCGAAAUGGCACCCUUUUCCCUAAAUAGUGCACUACUUUUGACAGGGCUCUGGUAGGGUAGUUGACACCGACAGACUAAUGCAAGGCUACAGACAGGAAGCCAGUUGGACGGACACUAAUGCAUGACAUGACUUACUGAUGAUGGACAGUCGACAACAUCCACAAGAAACACACAAACAGACCAGACAAUAAGACCAAACCGGGAUGCCAUCUGUCUUUACUGUCAUGGAAUUGGGUAGGAUUGUCAUAUCGGCAUACAAUCUAAAAAUGGAAUAUCCAUCUUUUCCGGUUUCCCACUGAUUUACCCCAUCUUCACUGACUGACUCGCUGACUGACUGGCAAUGUAAACUAAACAGUAUCCUCCUUUUUUUCCUUUGUUUUUUCUAUAGCAAUAAAAAUGAUGGAUGAUG